GGGGGUUUCCUUGAAUAUCGUGGAAAUCAAUCACUAAUUAAACCACUAACGUGUUGGAAAAUUUACCCUCCAAUGUAAUUUAGUGGCGCAUAUUUUCCAUUCUUCGAAGGAAUCCGAAAAAUAAUUCUGACCGAGUGUCUACACGUAGAGCGCCCGUGGUUCCGGUGAUCCUGUGGGCUGUGGUGUUGUUCAAAAGAUCUCUUUCCGUAUUUCUACGCUGCCUGGAUAUUUCUCCUCAAAAAUGAGCGAAAAGAAGCAACCAUCUCCAUCCACCGGCACAGAGCAGGCCGCUUCCAGCUCUGCUAAACCAGCCCUAGUUCUUAUCACCGAUCCGAAAAUCGUUACGAAAGCCAGCGAGCUACUGCAACCGAUCGGAACGGAUGUGGUCGAGAAGAAUUUGACCACCGUGCUAACGGCGGUGAAACAAGUGGACCAUACGUGCGAUUUUAAAGGCUGCAAACAGAAAACCAACCUCGUCGGUAGUGACUGUGGCUACUGCAAGGAACGAUUCUGCUUCAAACACAGCCUCCCGGAAAUACACGGAUGCGGUGAGGCGGCCAAGCGCAAAGAACGCGAACAGUUCCUGCAUCCGAUGACCGGCAAAGCCCGCAAUGAGCAGCAUGAAAAACAGAAAGCACAAACGCGCCUUAACCAGAAGCUGAAGCAGAUGUCCCUCGAACGGAAACAGAAACCUACCGGAGGUGGCUCUAGCGGAACCGGAGCGACUCGAGGUGGAAGAAAACGAACCAAUCCCUAAGUUAGCCAUCGAGGAAGGUUCUUGCGAUCGUUAUUGUACCAUUUCGAAAAAUCAUUAUUUAUUACGUUUCUUAAGUGUAAGACGACAGAGCGUGUGCACUGUUUUGGGAGCUCCAGCAAUAAAUCCACGCACAUCUGGUCAGUUCGUA